GUUUUGUGUCUGUUUGUCUCUAGAGCGUUUCUCAACGGCAGGACAGUUUUAAACUUGUGGAAGUGACAAUGAAGGAUACAGCUACAUAAACCCAUGUCGUGUAAACAUGUUGGCGAUAAUACUGAUUAUUAUUAUCUGUGGCCUGUGGGCGUGGUCCAGGAUAAGAAAGAAUUACCACGAGCCUCCAGCUAUUCCCGGGGGAUUGCCUCUAGUCGGUCAUGCCCAUUUACUUGUUGGAGAUAGUGUUCAACUAUGGACCACAGUGAAAGAGCUCUCCUACGAGUGUCUGCGGCUUGGAGGGGUGCUGUCUGCUACAAUAGGGCCACGUACUAUUUAUAUUGUUUGCGAUCCAGAUGAUGCGUUGACGGUAGCAAACUCAUGCCUACAAAAGGAUACUUUUUACGAAUUCGCUAAGCCUUGGCUUGGAGAAGGAUUGGUUACUGGCAAAUUAUCCAUCUGGAAGCACCAUCGCCGUCUUCUGAACCCAGCGUUCAGUUCCAUCGUUCUGGAUGGAUUUCUGGGCGUCUUCAACAGCCAGUCUCGAAGGCUAGUCCAGGAACUGUCGAAGGAAGUCGGCAAAGGACCGUUUGACCACUGGGUGUAUACUCGCCAUAAUGCUUUGGAGACUAUUUGUUUAACAGCAUUGGGAAUAGACUUCACCGAAAAAAGUGUUCUAAACAGCCAAUACGUGCAAGCAACAGAGCAGAUAUUUAACGUCUUCGUGGAAAGGUUCCAGAAGUUUUGGCUCCACAAUCACUUUAUAUACAGCCUGUCAUCGUUGCGCAGGAAACAAGACAAUCUACUCAAGAUUUUACAUAAUAUGUCUUAUACAGUCCUUCAAAAACGGAAAGCUGAUUACUUGAAAAGUUUGGAAUCUGGUAACAAAGAAGAUAAAACAGGUACAAAAUUCAAGCCAUUCAUGGAUCUUCUACUAGAGUUAUCAGUGGAGAAGGGUGCGUUCAACGACCGUGAAAUACAGGAGCAUGUAGACACAAUGAUUGUAGGCGGCCAUGAUACGUCAGCUAGCGUGCUUAUGUUCACCCUGGUGUUGAUAGGAUCUCAUCCACAUGUACAGGAGAAGAUCUUUGAAGAAUUACGUGAAGUUUUUGGCAACGAUGAUCGUGACGUCACCAAACAGGAUCUCUCACAAUUGAUUUAUUUGGAAGCCGUGUUGAAGGAGAGCAUGAGGAUAUUCCCUAUCGUACCUGUGACAGCUAGAAUACUUGAUCGAGACCUUAAAUUGAAGCACUGCACACUAUCCAAAGGCCGUACCUGCUUCAUGUUCGUGCACGGCAUCCACAGGCAUCCGAUGUGGGGUCUAGACGCGGAGGAAUUCAAGCCAGAAAGAUGGCUGAACCCUGCGACGUUGCCAGACUGCCCUACCGCGUUUGCUGCUUUUAAUAUGGGAAGAAGGAUAUGUAUAGGUAAAUCAUACGCCUAUAUGUCGAUGAAGACAUCUCUCGCACAUCUCAUGCGUCACUAUAAGGUAAAAGGAGAUCAUACAAAAUUGGUGCUGAAAAUUGACGUGAUGCUAAAACCUGAAGAAGGCCAUUAUAUUAGCAUAGAAAGAAGAAGUUAACAAAUAGAAUAUAUUAUAGAAUUAUGGUCUAUACUCUAUUGUUUGAAAUCUCAUCAAAAUUUAAUUUCAUAAUCAAAGAACUUACGUAGUAUUUAGAGUAUUUUGUGGGAGAACGUAGUAGAACUUAUGUAAUUUAGAUGUAGGUUAUUUUAUAAACAAA